UGAAGAGACCGAAGCAGCCAACCUUAACUAAGAGCUACGAAGAAACAGAGACAUGGCUUCUCGAGUUGCACUUCUCCUCUUGCUGGGCGUCAUCUGUGUUGGGUUUGCAUCAGCUGAGAUUGUGGUGGACUGCUGUCUGAAGGUUGCUGAGAAGCCGUUGCCGCUCACAAUCCUCCAAAGCUACACCAUCCAGGAAGGUGGAAACGGAUGUGAAAUCAGCGCUACUGCGUUCAUUACAAAGGUUGGAAGGAUACUGUGCGUCUCCCACCCCCGUGAUAAAGCGUGGGUGAGAAGUCACAUCAAACAUCUGGAUCAUAAAAGAGCUCAGUAAAAUCAGGUAUAAAGAGGAGAGGACUCUGGGAAAAGAUGGCUGAAGAACAAGGGGGCCCCGACUCUAAACUGAGAGCUACAGACUCAGAAUCCGAAUCACUUCCAUUCCUCUUGAAGAGUCUCGGAAUGGUCACACUGUGCUGUAGAAAAUAAACUGUUUGAGAAAAUCUA